CUUGACUUGACUUGACUUGAAGGUCCUCAUUAUUAUUGUAUUCCUGAUCAUGACAUGAUAUGAUAUGAUUCUUUCAUCUUGAUAUCUCACUCUCAUUCUCAGUCUUUCAUCAUGGAGUUCAAUGAAUUCGGCGCGCCCAUUCCACAGGGUGAAGGUUAUGAAACCGACGACUCCGGCUUUUUCGAAGACGUGUCCGUCCUCACCGAAAGCGUUCGAUCAUCGAUUUACGACUACAAAUACGAAAAUGGCCGUAGAUACCAUGCCUUCAAAGAAGGCGCGUACUUUAUGCCCAACGACGAACCCGAACAAGAACGUAUCAACAUGCAACAUCACGCUGGAUUUCUCGCUCUCGGCAAACGCAACUAUCUCUCUCCUCUAAACAAUCCACUCCAUAUUCUCGAUCUAGGUACUGGAACGGGGAUUUGGGCAGUUGAAGUCGCCGAACAAUUACCUGCCGCUCAAAUCAUCGGUGUGGAUUUAAGUCCCAUUCAACCAGCUUGGGUUCCUCCGAAUGUCAAGUUUGAAGUCGACGACAUUGAAGAUGACUGGACGUUUCCAGAGAAUCAUUUUGAUUUUAUCUUUUCAAAAGUCAUGUUGGCCGGGAGUAUUGCUCAUUUUCGAAAGUAUUUUACGCAGGCGUUUCGACACUGUCGCCCAGGCGGAUAUUUUGAAAUCCACGAAAUAACCACCCGCAUCAGCAGCGACCAUUACACAAUCCCCGAGAACAGCAGCAUUCAAAAAUGGUGCAGAUUGAUGCGACAAGGUAUUCAAGUCAUGGGCCGGAGACUAGACCUUCAUUUCGAUAAGCUGGCCGAUUUAAUGCGCGAAGUCGGUUUCGAAGAUGUUCAUGUUUAUCCAUAUCGUCAACCCAUUGGACAAUGGCCAGCUGAUCCGACGUUGAAACAAUCUGGUGCUAUUCAAUUGGUGGCCAUGUUACAGGGUAUGGAGAGUUUGAGUCUAGCGAUCUUUUGUCGGUGUCUGCAAUGGACGCCGGAGGAGGUUGCGGUGUUGCUUGCUCAGACGAGGAAGGAAUUCACUUUGAAAAAGGCUUGUUAUUAUUGGCCUGCGAUUGUUAUCUAUGGACGGAAACCCAUGUCGGCGGUUUCUUGAAUGGAUCAUCACUAUCACCGUCUCUCAGUUGGACUGCUGGCAGUUUGCUUGAGGGGUGGAUGAUUAUAUCAACUAUAUCAGUUCCCUUCACUGAUCAUCAAUGACUUCGCCAGAUACCUAUUUGAUGACCAUCAUUGAGACGAUCGAAACAAAAGAAAAGAAAACACAGAGAUACGACAUAAAUCAACCAGCGAACGGCAACGCCCACGGACUACGGACCAGGACGUCGGAGGAUUUCAUUGAUUGAUAGACCAUUUCGGGAAUUACUACUACGUCUGAGGGUUGAGUAAGAAGAAAGUCACCUCAUCUUUCGGUAUUCAAAAGAUCACAGAGAAGGCCCGACUCUUCGGAUCUCAACCCAGCACGUGAAGUGCGGACCAAGGUCGUCUACACAUUUAUGUGCCUGGUUGUUAAACACUGCGACGGUAGUGGCAGUGGGAGACAGCACGAAGGGUGGAUAUUUCGGGUUUAUCUGAGAAAAUAUAGACAUUCGGCGGACGCGAUCUACACUACGAUCAAUAGCACAAGCACAAGCAGAAGCAACCAUGUUCCCAUCUGAUGUUGCUCACAGUCAACUCAGUUGGGGAAGAUGGAAGAUGUAUUCAUGCGAUUGGAGUGGCAAAAUGAAACCCUCUUGCCAUGUUGGCACUCCAAGAGCAAGAAGAGACAUCAGGUGGCUAUUGUGACGGUGUAGUGAGUGGCAGAGUGUCUUGUCUAUCAAAUAUUAUCUCUAUGUGUGUGUGUAUUCAAAUAAAAGUUUAGCCAUGACUCGGAAAUGAGAUGAGAUGAGGUUUGAGUGGUUUUGAGUCAUUCAGAAUAGAACAGACCAAAAGUAAGUACCUAGUAGUAUAGUAGUAUUCGUAACUCUCCGAAU